AUGGAGAUUAUCAACUUCAGCGCCAUCCCCAUGAUCCCCCUGGAUGAAAAAGUGGAGAUUCCACCCUUGAUGAGAAGCAAAAUUCAUGAAAAGUUUAAGAAUUACCUGGUAGAAAACCCACCCCUGUGUCUUGUGGGCUCCUUAGACAAGGUGAACAGAAAGAUCGCCCAAAUCGACCUGAAAAUGAAAUUCCAGACGACCGGCAUCCAAAGCCAUUUACUGGGCAUAGAACAACUGGAGGCAGAGAAAAAAGAGAGAGAGCAGCAGCGCAUCCUGGAAGAGAAAGAGAAGGCCAGCAAAACCAAGAAGAAGACGCGCAAGUUAGUCCCACAGUCAACUCCAUCAACUAUAAGUGGUCCACAUCCUGGUCCAAAAAAGAGAGCCCAGAAGGAUGGGCUGGCUGAGCUAUUCCAUGCUCCAGACUUCAAUGAAGAGAAGCCCAGUGAGCUGCCAAACGGGGUGAACUACAGUGAGAUGGUGGGCAAUGUUAUCCGGGCUCAGGAAAGCAACAUCACUGGCAAGGCCUUCUGUGCACCUUUAGAAAUGGCUAAAUUCUUCACUUCUCCAUACUCCAAAGCUAUCGUCUUGGAUUGCUUCUGGUGGAUCUUUCAUGAGAGAUAUGAGCCAAACAAGGAGAUUCAGAAGAAAUUGUUUAACCGAGUGGCAAAGAACUACGCUCACCUCCUGAUAAACACAAACAGGACACCCCAUGAAGAAAGUAUCUUAAGAAAAUUCUCAUCCCUUGUGAGUCAAGCCCUGUAUACAAGCUUCUGCACCUGCUUCCCACAGUCAUGGUUUGACAGUCACGAAUUCAAAUCUGUCAUCUGUAACACAGUGACUCAGUGGAUAGCAGGCACAUUCCCAAACCCAAAGAGCUAUGUACACUGGAACUACUUUGAACUGGAGCCAGUGAGAUUCCGGAGAGAAGAGUUCAUGCGGGGCAAAGAGAAGUUUGAUGGCAAUAAUAGGCAGAAAGUUGCCAUACAGAUCUCAAAGUCUGAACCACGCCACAAGAGCCAGAGACAAGCAUCCAAAAAGGUCCGAGAGAUCACAGAGAGGAGGAUGUUGGAGAAGUCAGUUCUGCAGGAGUCUCACCCAGCUUGUAAGGGACCCGAGUUUGAGAAAAACCUGUUCAGCUUCACUGGCCACAGCCCUCUGAUUGUUCACUUCCUUCAGGAGCGUGACUCUUAUCCACAGACUGGCCAGGACAUCUUCAUGGUUCGGAAUGAUGUGUCCAAGACUAUCCCUGACGGCACACCAACCUACAGAGAUGUGAUCCGGCAGGUCAGGAUUAACAUGAGGAAACUGAAACACGAUGCCACAUACUUCCGUAAGGUACACUGGAAGGAAUGGAAGCUGUUUGAUCAGACCCAGAAGGAGCUGAACAUUGAAUUCAACAGAAAAGUGAAGGAAGUCAUCGAAAAAGAAAAAAAGAAGCUAAAUCAUUAUCUCAUCCCCACUUCAGUUCCCCAAGAGGAACUUGCUGAUCCUACUAGAAAAGUCCAUAAAACAGAUGAACUCCUUGGCAAGGCUGCUUACUCAGUACCCAGUUUGAAAAUGAAAAGUCAUGCCUAA